UUUUACGGCGAGGGCUCAGUACCUGAAAACAGCCAUGGAGUGGAAAAUACUUCCCAUUUACUUGCUGCUGCUUUCUGUUUUCUUGAUUCAGCAAGCUUCUUCUCAAGAUUUAUCAAGCUGUGCAGGGAGAUGUGGGGAAGGGUAUUCUAGAGAUGCCACCUGCAACUGUGAUUAUAACUGUCAACACUACAUGGAGUGCUGCCCUGACUUCAAGAAAGAAUGCACUGUGGAGCUUUCCUGUAAAGGCCGCUGCUUCGAAUCGUUUGCAAGAGGGAGGGAGUGUGACUGCGACUCAGACUGUAAGAAGUAUGGCAAGUGCUGUUCCGAUUAUGGCACUUUUUGUGAAGCAGUGCAUAACCCCACACCACCACCACCUCCAAAGACUGCACCUCCACCUCCAGGAGCAUCUCAGACCAUCAAAUCAACAACCAAACGUUCACCCAAAUCACCAAACAAGAAGAAGACUAAGAAAGUUAUAGAAUCAGAGGAAAUAACAGAAGAACAUUCUGUUUCUGAAAAUCAAGAGUCUUCCUCCUCCUCUUCCUCUUCCUCUUCAACUAUUCGGAAAAUCAAGUCUUCCAAAAAUUCAGCUGAUAAUAGAGAAUUAAAGAAGAAACCCAAAGUAAAAGAUAAGAAGAAAAGAACUCCUAAAAAUAAACCUACCCCAGAACCACCAGUUAUAGAUGAAGGUGGAAGUGGACUGGAUAAUGGUGAUUUCAAGCUCACCUCAACUCCUAACAUUCCCACCACUCAACGUAAUAAAGUUACCACGACUCCCAAGAUUACAACAGUAAAACCAACACUUCCUAAGCCCAGUCUUCCACCUAAUUCUGACACAACUAAAGAGAUACCUUCGACAGUCAGAGAGACAACAGUUGAAACUAAAGAGACUUCUACGACAAGCAAACAGACUUCCACUAGCGCAAAAGAGAAGACAACUUCAGCUAAAGAGACACGAACUGCAGAGAAUACACCUACUAAAGGUCUUGCACCCACACCUGAAGCUCCUGCUACAUCCACACCCAAAGCUAAAACUAUAACCAGAUCCCCUGCACCCACCACCCCCAAGAAGCCUACUCCCACCACCAAGGAGCCUGCACCCACCACCCCCAAGGAGACUGCACCCACCACCAAGGAGCCUGCACCCACCACCCCCAAGGAGACUGCACCCACCACCCCCAAGGAGCCUGCUCCCACCACCACCACCAAGGAGCCUGCUCCCACCACCACCCCCAAGGAGCCUGCUCCCACCACCACCCCCAAGGAGCCUGCUCCCACCACCCCCAAGGAGCCUGCACCCACCACCCCCAAGGAGCCUGCUCCCACCACCACCCCCAAGGAGCCUGCUCCCACCACCACCACCAAGGAGCCUGCUCCCACCACCACCACCAAGGAGCCUGCUCCCACCACCACCACCAAGGAGCCUGCUCCCACCACCACCACCAAGGAGCCUGCACCCACCACCCCCAAGGAGCCUGCUCCCACCACCAAGGAGCCUGCACCCACCACCCCCAAGGAGACUGCACCCACCACCCCCAAGGAGCCUGCUCCCACCACCACCCCCAAGGAGCCUGCUCCCACCACCACCACCAAGGAGCCUGCUCCCACCACCACCACCAAGGAGCCUGCUCCCACCACCACCACCAAGGAGCCUGCACCCACCACCCCCAAGAAGACUGCACCCACCACCCCCAAGGAGCCUGCUCCCACCACCACCACCAAGAAGCCUGUACCCACCACCCCCAAGGAACCUAUACCAACUACCCCCAAUGAGCCUGCUCCCACUACCCCCAAGGAGCCUGCACCAACUAUCCCCAAGGAGCCUGCACCAACUUCCCCCAAGGAGCCUGCACCAACUACCCCCAAGGAGCCUGCUCCCACCACCCCCAAGGAGCCUGCACCAACUGCCCCCAAGAAGCCUGCACCAACUGCCCCCAAGGAGCCUGCUCCCACCACCACCACCAAGGAGCCUGCUCCCACCACCACCCCCAAGGAGCCUGCUCCCACCACCACCCCCAAGGAGCCUGCUCCCACCACCCCCAAGAAGCCUGCUCCCACCAUCCCCGAGGAGCCUGCACCCACCAGCCCCAAGGAGCCUGCUCCCACUACCACCCCCAAGGAGCCUGCACCCACCCCCAAGGAGCCUGCUCCCAUCACCCCCAAGGAGCCUGCUCCCACCACCACUCCCAAGGAGCCUGCUCCCACCAGCCCCAAGGAGCCUGCUCCCAUCACCCCCAAGGAGCCUGCACCCACUACUGCCUCCAAGGAGCCUGCUCCUACCAUCCCCAAGGAGCCUGCACCCACCACCCCCAAGGAGCCAGCUCCUGCUAAACCCAAGGAGCCCACUCCAAAUUCUCCUGAGACACCUGCUCCAAGUUCUCCUGAUAUACCUGCUCCAACCACCUCAAAGGCCUCUACUUCAACUACCACCGUGCAGCCUGCCACUACUCCGAAGAGCCCUGCUGAAUCAACUCCUCAGCCUCCUAUAGAACCCACACCAAAGGCUCUUGAAAAGAGUCCCAAGGAACCUGCAGUACCCACAAUCAAGGCUCCUAAAGUGAACAAACCUGAAAUGACUACAACAGUUAAAGACAAGUCCACAGAAAAAGACAUACAUUCUACACCUGAAAUUACAACAGCUGUAGCUAAGAUUGUAACAGAGGCAGCAACUAAAACAGAAAAGACUACUGAAUCCAAAACACCAAGUACAACCACAGGUGUAACAUCUACCACAACCAAACAGACCACGUCAUCCAAAAUUACUCCUAAAACAACUCUUGCACCUAAAGUAAUGACUGCCACAAAGACGACGACCAAAAAGACCGCGAACAAACCUGAAAAAACCACAGCUGUACCAAAAGGCACAGCUACCAAUUCUCAAGUGACAACUCCUAAACCGCAGAAACCAACCAAAGCACCCAAAAAGCCCACUUCGACCAAAAAGCCAACACCUAGAGUGAGAAAACCAAAGACUACGCCAACACCCCCAAAGAUGACAUCAGUAAUGCCUGAACCGACUCCUACCUCUUUACCAAAAGCCAUGCUCCAAACCACCACCAGCCCUACCCCAACCCCUAACUCAGAAAUAAUUGAGGUAAACCCCAAGAAUGAGGAUGGAGAUGCUGCUGAAGGAGAAAAACCUCACGUGAUUUUCAGGCCCCCUGUGCUAACUCCUAUAGUUAUUCCAGGCACUGAAAUCAUAGUGAGAGGACACGGUCAAGGCUUCGGCUUCAACCCCAUGUUUUCAGAUGAAACUAAUUUAUGCAAUGGUAGGCCAGUAGAUGGACUGACUACUUUGCGUAAUGGGACAUUAGUUGCAUUUCGAGGUCAUUAUUUCUGGAUGUUGACUCCAUUCAGUCCACCACCUCCACCUCGGAGAAUUACUGAAGUUUGGGGCAUUCCCUCCCCCAUUGAUACAGUUUUUACUAGAUGCAACUGUGAGGGAAAAACGUUCUUCUUUAAGGGUUCUCAGUACUGGCGUUUCACCAACGACAUAAAAGACGCAGGAUAUCCCAAACUAAUCUCCAAAGGAUUUGGAGGACUAAAUGGGAAAAUAGUGGCGGCUCUCUCAAUAGCUCAAUACAAGAACAGACCUGAAUCUGUGUAUUUUUUCAAGAGAGGUGGCAGCGUUCAGCAGUACACUUACAAACAGGAACCCACCCAAAAGUGUACUGGAAGAAGGCCUGCUAUCAACUAUUCUGUGUAUGGAGAAACAGCACAGGUUAGGAGACGUCGAUUCGAACGUGCUAUAGGACCUUCUCAAAUACACACCAUCAGGAUUCACUACUCACCUGUCAGAGUCCCUUAUCAAGACAAAGGCUUCCUCCACAACGAAGUUAAAGUGAGCACACUGUGGAGAGGACUUCCAAACGUGGUUACUUCAGCAAUAUCACUGCCCAAUGUCAGAAAACCCGAUGGCUAUGAUUACUAUGCCUUUUCUAAAGAUCAAUACUAUAACAUCGACGUGCCAAGUAGGACAGCAAGAGCCAUUACUACUCGUUCUGGGCAGACCUUAUCCAAUACUUGGUACAAGUGUCCUUAGACUGAUGGGCGAAGGAAGAGCCAACUAAUUGAAAUGAAGAAACGAAUGAUCAAUGUUGACACUGAAAUACAUUUUAUUAAUAAAGAAUGUUGAGAUAAGCACAC